AUGAAGUUUACUACUGCUUCGAUUUUUGCUACCGCUGUGUCUUUCGGCAUCGGCACCACCAAGGUCUAUGCAAGCCCGCUCGCCGACACUCUUCCUUACCCAACUGGGCCGCUGACAUAUAUUGGCCCUGUUGAGGUAAACGGGAAGAACGUGACCCUUGAAGGCACUGUCCAAGAGAUCUACUCCCAAGUCAAAGAUCUCACCGGGUCAAUACUAAAGCCAGUGGACAUUCCAAAGGAUGACCCUAAACAUAAGCUCCAGACCCGUUCUAAGGUGUCGCUUAACUGUCACCCACAAGGCGGAGGUGCCAAUCUCAGACCAAUCCGAGACGGCAUAAGAUAUCUUAACGGGCUCCAAGGAAAAUGUAUAGGCGUACCACGGACAUGUACCCGUGUGAGCUGCUCCUGGAAGGCGGGCAUCUUCCUUUGUAACGAUAACAUGCGUACGGUCUAUGUUCCUUGCAAGCAGAUCGCAGAAUAUGCUCAAGAUAUUGUGAAUGUGUGCGUUACUAAUCCCGAGGUAUCUUCGCUUAGAGGCCAGGAGUUUGAUAGCGACAACUGGAACGUUGUUAUCAAAGCUGGUCAUUGUUAG